CUAGUUGUUUUAUUUCGUCUCUUCAUGUUGAAAGAACAUUGGAAUAGAUUAAUUCUCUCGCCAAAACAUUUUGGGCUAAAAUGUGACCUUGCAGAAAAGGUAAAAAAAAAAAAAAAAACUUUAUGGCCUAUGUUUCCGUCGGAUCUGUUUUCCUGACGGACCGACAGGAUGUGCGCUAAAGAAAAGCUUCCGCCUGCUUUCGUAAGAAGAAUCGAGUUUUAAGAACUGGAUGUUUGGAGAGACGCGUCUGAUUGAGCAGCAUCACAUCAGCACUUUUCUUUCCGUUCCAGACAGCUGUGUGGAAUUUUGUGUCUUCUGCUCGUGAGACGACAUGAGUUCUUCACCAAAGAAACAAAGCAACAAACGUGAACACACACUUGAGUCCUCUCAGCAAAACAAUAAAACCUCUGCAACGCCUGCAAAGAAAGAGAAACGGUACAGCUGCGGCCAGUGUGGAAAACGCUUCAGACAUUUGGGAACCUUAAAGCGACACUGGCGCAUGCACACGGGGGAGAACCUGCUUUCCUGUGAUCAGUGUGGAAGAGAUUUCAUCCGGCCAGCUGACUUCAAAAAACACCAGCUCAUCCACAGCGGAGACAAACCAUUCACUUGUGACCUUUGUGGACGAGCUUUUAGUCAGUCGUGUCACCUGAAAAGACACCAGGUCACCCACGGUGGAGAUAAAACCCACACUUGUGACCAGUGUGGGAAAGCUUUCAGCCAGUCAUCUCACCUAAAAACACACCAACGUCUGCACAGUGGAGACAAACCCUACACCUGUGAGCAGUGUGGAAGGGGUUUCGGCCGACCAUCUGAGGUAAAAGCACACCAGCUCAUCCACAGUGGAGAUAAACCGCACGCCUGUGACCAAUGUGGGAAAGCUUUCAGGCGGAUGGAUAAUUUAAAAAGACAUAAACUCAUCCACAAUGACAACAAACCGUACACCUGUGACCAGUGUGGGAAGAGUUUCCGUCUGUCAAACACCUAUAAGGAUCACCAGCGUAGCCACGUUGAAGACACCACGCACACGUGUAACCUGUGUGGGAAGCGAUUAUGUUCUCUGCAGGCGUUUAAGUAUCACCAGAGUAUUCACACCGGGGAGAGACCGUACCAAUGCAGAUACUGCGAUAAAACCUUCAUUUCAGCUUCAAAGUGGAUGCACCAUGAGCGUGUUCAUGCUGGAGAAAAACCGUACAGCUGCGAUCAGUGUGAGAAGAGUUUUUGCUCAAAGAUUUCCUACAUGAAUCAUAAACGUGUCCAUGAUGGCGACAAGCCGUACCAGUGUCAACACUGCACAAAAACCUUCGUCACAUCCUUUAACCUCUCAAGACAUGAACUCACUCAUACGGGGAUCAAACGCUACUGGUGUGGUGAAUGUAACAAAAGCUUCACCAGCCUAAAUCACUGGAAAACCUCGAAACUGAAGAGAUGCUCUUCUGACAGCAUGGUCAAACUAGCUUAGCUGAAGGUUCAUCAUCCAUGUCUGGGAACAGGGAUUUGUUUGAGACUCGCAGUGCUUUAGUGUGUAUCAGGUGAUAGAGUGAGCUGUCCAUCAGAAAGUACAGGCAGUUCAACCCGUCCAAAGUAUCCUUGAGCAAGACACUGGGCUCCUAUUUGCUCUUAUAGUCCAUGGGCCAAGGUUCUGUACCACUUAAGAGGACUAAACAGCACUUAAUAGUCCAGCCUGAAUGUGCCAUGGCAAUUUCAAUUUAUUUUCCUUUAUAUAGCGCCAAAUCACAACAGAGUUUCCUCAAGGCGCUUCACACAGGUA